AUGCGUACUCUCAAGCAACCUCAGACUUCAAGCUUUAACCGUCUUCCCACCGAACUUAUCUUGAAAAUCUGCGGACACAUUUCUGCGCACGAUCUCUGGCACAACAUACGUCCCACUUCCCGCCUCCUAGCUAUAUGUGCCAGAGAAGCACUGCCACGAAAGGUCUUCUCCGAGAGCACUAUCUACAUCUCCUGGUGCUGCUUCUGGUGCAGUCUAGGACGCCAUUGUCUACAUACAGCAUGCAACCCCAUCACAUGGCUAUUUCCCGACGCCAAGAACGUACGCGUUGCCCUACUAAGCGACCGUGCGACGGUCGCCAAGGUCAUUUUUGGAGAUCUGUGCAAUUUGGUCACGAGUUAUGAGCCGAGGAUUCGUAUUCACCUAGGCGAGGAAGCACAAGGCGUUAAGUGUAAGAGCAAAGCGAUUCGACCACGAAUACAACCGCAUACGGCAGACUCGGCCUCGGGGUUGCAAUCACGCCAAGAAGAAUUCGUGAUGUGGUACUUUGCAACACAAAAACGACAAAGAGCGAGGAGUCGAAUACUUAGGUGUCUUGGGUUUGCUGCUCAUUUACUCCGUUUCUUCGCAACAAGCGCCGUACUCCUGAGCGUUGGCUUGACACUCACACUCAUUGUCUACGUUAUCUUGGAAAUAUGCAAGUUGGGAAUGAGCUGUUACAGAAGCGGAAGAAACUUCAUGCGUUUCUGCAUGGGAAAAUUUCCGCCGAGGCAGUAG